AUGGCAAAGAGAGAAGGAGAAGCGGUUUGCGUAACAGGAGGCAGCGGCUACAUUGGUUCAUGGCUGGUCCGUUUCCUUCUCGAACGUGGAUACACUGUUCAUGCCACUGUCAAAGAUCUCAAGGAUGAGAAAGAAACGAAACAUUUGGAAGAUUUUGAAGGAGCUAAAUCUCAUCUCCUGCUUUUCCAAAUGGAUCUCCUUAACUACGAUUCCAUUGUCACCGCCAUCACUGGCACAACUGGUGUCUUUCACCUUGCUUCUCCCUGCAUUGUUGAUGAAGUCCGAGAUCCUGAGAAUGAGUUAUUGGAACCAGCAAUUAAAGGCACAAUUAAUGUACUCACGGCAGCGAAGGAACUCGGGGUUAGGCGUGUGGUGGUGACCUCAUCCACAUCUGCCAUCAUCCCAAGCCCAAAUUGGCCAGCCGAUGUUGUCAAGAAUGAGGAGUGCUGGACGGAUGAGGAAUAUUGCAAGCAGAAGGGGUUAUGGUACUCCCUUUCUAAAACACUAGCUGAAAAAGCUGCCUGGGAAUUUUCCAAGGAAAAGAAAUUGGAUGUAGUUGUGGUAAAUCCUGGAACAGUGAUGGGCCCAAUUAUCCCUCCGGCAUUAAAUGCUAGCAUGCAAAUGAUUCUACGCCUUCUUCAGGGUUGCACUGACGCAUAUGAAGAUAUCUUUAUGGGAUCUGUUCAUGUUAAAGAUGUGGCUCUAGCACACAUAUUGGUGUAUGAGAACAAUUCAGCAACUGGAAGGCACUUGUGUGCUGAAGCAAUAUCUCAUUAUGCUGAUUUUGCUGCUAAGGUGGCGGAACUUUUCCCAGAGUACAAGGUUCCAAGGUUGCCCAAGGAUACUCAGCCUGGGUUAUUGAGGGCCAAGAACGCGUCAAAGAAGUUGAUAGACUUGGGUCUCGAAUUUAUUCCCAUGGAGCAGAUUAUUAAGGAUUCUGUCCACAGUUUGAAGAGCAAAGGCUUUAUUUCUUAA